AUGAAGGUGAAGUGGGGGGCCAUCCUCCAGGUGGUCUCUACAGUAGCGAAGGUCUUGGCUCUCAUCGUCAUCAUCAUCACUGGGAUGAUCAAGCUGAUACAAGGUAUGGCACCUGGGGAUACACCUGUGUAACCAUGACAAUGUCCUGCUGCCUUCAUGAUAGAGCUUUACUUGCUAACCGGUCAUAUGGGUGUGCCAUAUUGCUAACCGGUCAUAUGGGUGUGCCAUAUUGCUAACCGGUCAUAUGGGUGUGCCAUAUUGCUAACCGGCCAUAUGGGUGUGCCAUAUUGCUAACCGGCCAUAUGGGUGUGCCAUAUUGCUAACCGGCCAUAUUGCUAACCGGCCAUAUGGGUGUGCCAUAUUGCUAACCGGCCAUAUGGGUGUGCCAUAUUGCUAACCGGUCAUAUGGGUGUGCCAUAUUGCUAACCGGUCAUAUGGGUGUGCCAUAUUGCUAACCGGUCAUAUGGGUGUGCCAUAUUGCUAACCGGUCAUAUGGGUGUGCCAUAUUGCUAACCGGUCAUAUGGGUGUGCCAUAUUGCUAACCGGCCAUAUUGCUAACCGGCCAUAUUGCUAACCGGUCAUAUGGGUGUGCCAUAUUGCUAACCGGCCAUAUUGCUAACCGGCCAUAUUGCUAACCGGUCAUAUGGGUGUGCCAUAUUGCUAACCGGUCAUAUGGGUGUGCCAUAUUGCUAACCGGUCAUAUGGGUGUGCCAUAUUGCUAACCGGUCAUAUUGCUAACCGGUCAUAUUGCUGUUGGUGGUGCAUGCGUUGAGUACAGCUGGAAAAUAGCUAGGCUAUAUAACCCAAUUCUAUAACUCAUUAAACAACAGUAUAUCCAAUUAAUAACUAUAAUUCAUCGUUACCCCCCCCCCCCCUCUCCUCUGUCUUCUUCAGGCCAGACGCAGAACUUUGAGGAUUCGUUUAAGGGUUCUAAAGUGAACCCUGGGGAUAUGACCCUGGCUCUGUAUGCUGCGCUGUACUCCUACUCCGGCUGGGACACACUCAACUUCAUCACCGAGGAGAUCAAGAACCCGGAGAGGUGAGGAGGGCCCCCCCCCCUCAUGAUGUUUCUAGAAAUACACACAGGAAAAUAGACCAAGUUGUUGGCUCCACCAUCCCUGCACUGCAAUACCUUGUCAUUCCUUGACUGUCUUUGUCCGACUGUGGUGGUGGUAUAUAGAAAAGGAACGUAGGUCCUGCCCGUCUGGUUCCUCUCGAGGUUUGUCUCCCCACAAAGGGUGACCUUGUUGUUUUUAUAAAGGGUUCUAUCAAUUUGUUUAUCCAUUCCUACCAGGAACCUCCCGUUGGCCAUAGGGAUCUCCAUGCCCAUCGUCACAGUGAUCUACAUCCUGACUAACGUUGCCUACUACACUGUGAUGAAUGCUGAAACCGUGCUGGCCAGUGAGGCUGUUGCUGUGGUGAGUUCUACUCAGGGUUUGAGGGUAUGGAUGAGUUGGCAACUGCCAUGUGAAGUCAAUCAUGAUCAAGACACACACACACACACACACACACCAUGGUUAAACCAUUAGCAGGUCACGAGGUAGGUCUUAUUGACAGCAUCUGUCCAGUGUAGCUAAUUGACCAGCUGUUGCUGUGUUCUCUGGUUCCUCUGAGGCACCAGCUGGACCAGAUGCACUGCUCUCCAGUGAGGAUAGAUCACAUGAUAACCAGGUUAAGGAAGUCAUAUAGUUGAUGAGGUUGGCUUGUACACAGGACAAUGCUAAUCAAUGAUGAUCAUGUAAUUACAGAAUGCCCUGAGUAAGGGAGCGUUUUAGGCGCGUUGACAGUAGCUAGCAGAGAUGAGGUCAAUUCAGGAAGUAAACAGAAAAUCCCUAUUACAAUUUUCUCCAUGGAAAGACGCUGAAUUGCUGAAUGGACUGAAUAUAAAUGGAAUUGACUGACUCUGGUUGCUGUAUACAAAUCACAGCUGUGAACCUAUGCUGUUUUCUUUCUCUGCAGACGUUUGCUGAUGAGGUGCUGGGCUGGGCUUGGUGGCUAAUCCCCUUGUCAGUGGCCAUUUCCUGUUACGGAGGACUCAACUCCUCCAUCAUCGCUGCCUCCAGGCUGUUCUUCGUGGGCUCCAGGGAGGGCCAUUUACCCAACGUCCUCUGCAUGAUCCACGUCAAGCGCUACACACCCAUCCCAGCCCUGCUCUUCAAUGUAAGUGAAUGACGACUUAAAUGUCAUGUCACACAUUGAUGGGUGGGUAGUGUGAUGUUGCAUAUAUAAGCUUUAUAAUAAUUAUCUCUGUAAAUCUCCUGGUCAGGUUCAGGUUCUAUCCUGUAUGGACAUUACUAAUGUAUUUUCCACCCGGGAGCAGUGGCUCCAUGACAACGCACAAUCAACCAUGGGUCCUCCCUACAAAGUCCAUGGCCAAUGUGUCUCCUGCAGGGCGGCAUGUCUCUGAUCUAGGAUCAGAUUGGUGAAGUGUGUUCUGUGUGUCUCCUGCAGGGCGGCAUGUCUCUGAUCUAGGAUCAGAUUGGUGAAGUGUGUUCUGUGUGUCUCCUGCAGGGCGGCAUGUCUCUGAUCUAGGAUCAGAUUGGUGAAGUGUGUUCUGUGUGUCUCCUGCAGGGCGGCAUGUCUCUGAUCUAGGAUCAGAUUUAUGAAGUGUUCUGUGUCUCCUGCAGGGCGGCAUGUCUCUGAUCUAGGAUCAGAUUGAAGUGUGUUCUGUGUGUCUCCUGCAGGGCGGCAUGUCUCUGAUCUAGGAUCAGAUUUAUGAAGUGUUCUGUGUCUCCUGCAGGGCGGCAUGUCUCUGAUCUACCUGUGUGUGAAGGACGUGUUCCAGCUCAUCAACUACUUCAGCUUCAACUAUUGGCUGUUCAUCGGUCUGUCCAUCGCCAGCCAGAUAUACCUCCGUGUCAAAGCUCCGGACAUGCACCGGCCCGUCAAGGUAAGGUUUUAAUACUUAUUUUAAGGUGAUGCUAAAAGUCCCUUCUGGAUGGACAAUUUUAAGUUCUAUUAUAUUUUAAAGAUGUUAUUAAUUGGUAUAGAAUGUAGCUCAAAUCCUUGAAAUUACCUUUUCAGUUAUAUUUUUUUAUCAACUGCUUUGAUGAAUUUGUGGGAAGAUGAUGGUUGGUAGAUUUCCUCUCCAUCUCUUUUGUGCACAUGUUUUCUCUCACCCCCUCCCCUCUCCUCUCUCUCCAGCUCUCCCUCUUCUUCCCUAUAGUAUACUGCCUAUGCAGUGUGUUCCUGGUUGUAGUACCACUCUACAGCGACACCAUCAACUCUCUGGUGGGCAUCGGCGUGGCUCUGUCUGGAGCUCCAGUGUACUACAUCUGUAUCCACCUGCCCCCCUCCUCCAGACCUGCCUUCCUGGGCAGGAUGCUCGGUGAGACCUCUAGCCUUUUCUGUAACCCUAGCCCCGCUCUACCAUCAUAUGAUCAAGUGACACUUUGCUUCUUGAAAGUCCAAUAUCUUAAACUUGACUGCUGACAUGCGAAACAUUUUGGGACUGUAUCGAGAGUGGACUAAUAGUUUGAGUGGAUUUUUCCUUUAAGAAUGUUACAGGUUGUAUUAUAAUGAUUAGAGCUGACGUGCUUCAAGAGGAGAGAUUGAAGGGGAAUAAUAGGUUUGUUUAAAGCCAGCAUAUACAGUGGGAGAAAAAAAGUAUUUAGUCAGCCACCAAUUGUGCAAGUUCUCCCACUUAAAAAGAUGAGAGGCCUGUAAUCUUCAUCAUAGGUACACGUCAACUAUGACAGACAAAUUGAGGGGAAAAAAUCCAGAGAAUCACAUUGUAGGAUUUUUAAUGAAUUGAUUUGCAAAUUAUGGUGGAAAAUAAGUAUUUGGUCAAUAACAAAAGUUUCUCAAUACUUUGUUAUAUACCCUUUGUUGGCAAUGACACAGGUCAAACGUUUUCUGUAAGUCUUCACAAGGUUUUCACACACUGUUGCUGGUAUUUUGGCCCAUUCCUCCAUGCAGAUCUCCUCUAGAGCAGUGAUGUUUUGGGGCUGUCGCUGGGCAACACGGACUUUCAACUCCCUCCAAAGAUUUUCUAUGGGGUUGAGAUCUGGAGACUGGCUAGGCCACUCCAGGACCUUGAAAUGCUUCUUACGAAGCCACUCCUUCGUUGCCCGGGCGGUGUGUUUGGGAUCAUUGUCAUGCUGAAAGACCCAGCCACGUUUCAGCUUCAUUGCCCUUGCUGAUGGAAGGAGGUUUUCACUCAAAAUCUCACGAUACAUGGCCCCAUUCAUUCUUUCCUUUACACGGAUCAGUCGUCCUGGUCCCUUUGCAGAAAAACAGCCCCAAAGCAUGAUGUUUCCACCCACAUGCUUCACAGUAGGUAUGGUGUUCUUUGGAUGCAACUCAGCAUUCUUUGUCCUCCAAACACGACGAGUUGAGUUUUUACCAAAAAGUUCUAUUUUGGUUUAAUCUGACCAUAUGACAUUCUCCCAAUCCUCUUCUGGAUCAUCCAAAUGCACUCUAGCAAACUUCAGACGGGCCUGGACAUGUACUGGCUUAAGCAGGGGGACACGUCUGUCACUGCACGAUUUGAGUCCCUGGCGGCGUAGUGUGUUACUGAUGGUAGGCUUUGUUACUUUGGUCCCAGCUCUCUGCAGGUCAUUCACUAGGUCCCCCCGUGUGGUUCUGGGAUUUUUGCUCACCGUUCUUGUGAUCAUUUUGACCCCACGGGGUGAGAUCUUGCGUGGAGCCCCAGAUCGAGGGAGAUUAUCAGUGGUCUUGUAUGUCUUCCAUUUCCUAAUAAUUGCUCCCACAGUUGAUUUCUUCAAACCAAGCUGCUUACCUAUUGCAGAUUCAGACUUCCCAGCCUGGUGCAGAUCUACAAUUUUGUUUCUGGUGUCCUUUGACGGCUCUUUGGUCUUGGCCAUAGUGGAGUUUGGAGUGUGACUGUUUGAGGUUGUGGACAGGUGUCUUUUAUACUGAUAACAAGUUCAAACAGGUGCCAUUAAUACAGGUAACGAGUGGAGGACAGAGGAGCCUCUUAAAGAAGUAGUUACAGGUCUGUGAGAGCCAGAAAUCUUGCUUGUUUGUAGGUGACCAAAUACUUAUUUUCCACCAUAAUUUGCAAAUAAAUUCAUAAAAAAUCCUACAAUGUGGCGCAGUGGUCUAAGGCACUGCAUCGCUGUGCCACUAGAGAUCCUGGUUUGUGUCCAGGCUCUGUCGCAGCCGGCCGCGACCGGGAGACCCAUGGGCGCUGCACAAUUGGUCCAGCGUCGUCCAAGGUAGGGGAGGGUUUGGCCGGCAGGGAUGUGGGUUUGUUUCCCACGGGGGGCCAGUAUGAGAAGAAAAAAAAACAUGUAUGCAUUCACUAACUGUAAGUCGCUCUGGAUAAGAGCGUCUGCUAAAUGACUAAAAUGUAGUUGGGGGCACUAUAAAAGUUGUAACACUUUGCUCUGAUGAGCUGUGCUUGGUUUUGACACUUCUUGGUUGUAUUUCCUUUACUCAGACGUGAUCUCCCUGAACACCCAGAAGCUGUGUCUGUGCUGUGUGGUCUCACCUGACCUAAACCUGGACAACAUCCCUGAGGAGAAGCUGGAGUAAGGGCUAGAUGGAAGGUGUGCAGGGAUGGAGGGAGACACCAAGCCAUAGGUGGAACAUACAGCCCACCACCAUAGCUACACUCCACUGACCUCCUCUCCACAACACUUAUCGAGAAGCUGUUUUUCUUCUUUUUUUUACCCCUGGACCCGGAUUUCCUAUGGGACUGCACAGUGAGUGUUGUGUUCAGUGUUAUGGUUGGCCUGAGGAAAACCACUUUCUACUGCUGGUGACCCACUACAUCCACAUGCAAACAGCACAAUGUAGUUCACGCCUACUAGUUACACCUAUGGAGACUGUCAACUAUGGAGACUGUCAACUAUGGACGUUGAACCAUAAAAAAAUAAAAAAAGGCUAGAAACCCAAAUGGAGAUUUUAACAGGAUGUACUACUGACCAUUUUAGGAGGAGGUUUUCAAAUAGCAGGACCUACUGACCAAAGAUUAGGUUUGAAGUUAGUGGAGAUUUGAAGUGUCUGUUGCUUUAUCUAGAUAUUGAAUGAGUUGGAUAUUAAAGUGAUGUUUUUUUUUUUUUAAGUUGGAGGGGUUAGUCAAAGAUGCCUGUUCUGGCCCGGCUUUACUUUCCUUAGGCCAGGUGUGGAGUGCACUAACAAACUGCCUUUCAAUGACCUGUCUUUGACAGUUUUAGGUCUGUACUCUCCUGUACUGGACAAGGGUCACUGAAGAUUAUUCCAUCCACUUAAGUGAUCGUGUCAAGUGACUUUGACAUAUGUACUGUAUGGAAACUGGCAUGGGUUGAGCCAUUAUGUCUUUUGAAGUAAUGUUUAUUGGUGAAUUUGACCGACUGGAUUAGAAGAACAAAGUGUUUCCUAUUUGGGUCUGUGUUCUUUAUUUGUCUCUAGCAAGUUAAGCUAUUCUCCCUGAUGACUCACUCGUUCCCAUGACAAAAGAUUGCUGUUUAUGUUCAUUUUCUGUCCUGCGUUUCUGUUCACAGCUUUAUUUCUCACCAGUGUAAUCUGUCCUUGAUGGACUGA